CCGGAGGGCGCGGCCAGUCAGUGGGGGCAGGGCCACAGAGCUGCUUUCGCCCUGGUAAAGUAGGUUGCAAACGGGAGGCGGAGGCUGCUCUUCUGCAGUGUUGGGAAGAUGGCGCCGCCGGUGACGGAACGGGGGCUGAAGAGCGUCGUGUGGCAGAAGAUAAAAGCAACAGUGUUUGAUGACUGCAAGAAAGAAGGCGAAUGGAAGAUCAUGCUUUUAGAUGACUUUACCACUAAGCUUUUGGCAUCAUGUUGUAAAAUGACAGAUCUUCUAGCAGAGGGUAUAACUGUUGUGGAGAAUAUUUAUAAGAAUCGAGAACCUGUCAGACAAAUGAAAGCUCUUUAUUUUCUCUCUCCAACAUCAAAGUCUGUAGACUGUUUUUUACGUGAUUUUGCAAGUAAAUCUGAGAACAAAUACAAAGCAGCAUAUAUAUACUUCACUGACUUUUGCCCUGAUAGUCUCUUUAACAAAAUUAAAGCUUCUUGUUCCAAGUCAAUAAGAAGAUGUAAAGAAAUAAAUAUUUCCUUCAUUCCACUCGAGUCUCAGGUUUAUACUCUUGAUGUACCAGAUGCAUUCUAUUACUGUUACAGUCCAGACCCUAGUAAUGCAAAUGGAAAAGAUGCCGUUAUGGAAGCAAUGGCUGAGCAGAUAGUUACAGUGUGUGCUACCCUGGAUGAAAAUCCUGGAGUAAGAUAUAAAAGUAAACCUCUAGAUAACGCCAGUAAGCUUGCCCAGCUUGUUGAAAAAAAACUUGAAAACUACUACAAGAUUGAUGAAAAGAGCCUAAUAAAGGGUAAAACUCAUUCCCAGCUCAUAAUAAUUGAUCGUGGCUUUGAUCCUGUGUCCACUGUCCUGCAUGAACUGACCUUUCAGGCAAUGGCAUAUGAUCUACUGCCAAUUGAGAAUGAUACAUACAAAUACAAAACAGAUGGGAAAGAAAAGGAGGCAAUCCUUGAAGAAGAUGAUGACCUCUGGGUCAGAAUUCGACAUCGGCAUAUUGCAGUUGUGUUAGAGGAAAUUCCCAAACUAAUGAAGGAAAUUUCAUCAACAAAAAAAGCAACAGAAGGAAAGACAUCGCUUAGUGCUCUUACCCAACUGAUGAAAAAGAUGCCUCAUUUCCGUAAACAGAUUACAAAGCAAGUUGUCCAUCUUAACUUAGCAGAAGAUUGCAUGAGUAAAUUCAAACCUAAUAUAGAAAAGCUCUGCAAAAGUGAACAGGACCUGGCACUUGGAACUGAUGCAGAAGGACAGAAGGUGAAAGAUUCUAUGCGAGUACUUCUUCCAGUUCUUCUCAACAAAAGUCAUGAUAAUUAUGAUAAAAUAAGAGCGAUUCUACUUUACAUCUUCAGUAUUAAUGGAACCACGGAAGAAAAUUUGGACAGGUUGAUCCAGAAUGUCAGAAUAGAAAAUGAGAGUGACAUGAUCCGUAACUGGAGUUACCUUGGUGUUCCCAUCGUCCCCCCAUCUCAACAAAACAAACCGUUAAGAAAGGAUAGGUCUACAGAAGAAACUUUUCAACUCUCUCGAUGGACACCUUUUAUCAAAGAUAUUUUGGAGGAUGCCAUUGAUAAUAGAUUAGAUUCAAAAGAAUGGCCAUAUUGUUCCCAGUGUCCAGCAGUAUGGAAUGGCUCAGGAGCUGUAAGUGCUCGCCAGAAACCCAGAACUAAUUACUUAGAGGACCGAAAAAAUGGGUCAAAGCUGAUCAUUUUUGUAAUUGGAGGAAUUACGUACUCUGAAAUGCGUUGUGCUUAUGAAGUUUCUCAGGCACAUAAAUCCUGUGAAGUUAUUAUUGAGAUCACAAGUACGCAGAGAGAGAGGAAAGCAGGCCUCCUGCUGAACAGAGAGCCCGAUGUGAGACUCGAUCCCAGGAUCCUGAGAUCAUGACCUGAGCCGAAGGCAGAGGCUUAACCCACUGAGCCACCCAGCGUCAAACCAACAGAGCACAGCUACACAUUGGAAGAACACAGAGGCCUCUGGACAGUGGAGCUGCCACCUGCUGCUCUCAGCAAUGGUGAACCCUUGACUCCAUGUUAGAGAUGCAAUGACUUUUGGCUAAUGAGCUGGUUUCUCUGGUCUCUUACUGCAGUUAAAAUUUACACAAAGAAGGGAGGAAACAGCCAAGGCUACAUGGUCAGUAAAUAUAAAGUCAUCUUUGUAAAUCAGAGCCUAGCACUUUUCCAGAAAUUCUUAAGGACAUUGCCCUGUUACUGUUUCUUGGAUUAAGCAUGUUGCAGUGAUAAUCCUCAAUCAUGAUGGAAAUGUAAAAUUACCUUUAGAAUACAGUUUAAUAAAGCAGAGAUGCGCCAUAUUUUUAAAUAAGUGAUUACAGUAGUUAAGUUACUUUAAAGGUUAGUUGAGGGUUUAGGAACAUUCAUUUGUGGUGGUCCUUUCUAGCCUAGGUUCCAUGGAUUUGCUUUAGGUGACCAUGAACUUUAAAAAAAAAAUUGUGUGUGUUCUUACAUCCCUUUUCCCUGUAAGAGGGGGGCAUGGGGAAGGGAGAGCCCAUAGCUUUCAAUAGUUUUUCAAAGAGGGUUGGACCCAGAAAAGGUUAAGAGCUAAUGAUUUGUACGAGAACCCUUGAACUCUUCAGAGAAGUUUAAUUUUAACCUUGGGGACAGGAUAGUGAUGCUUGGCACACAAAACAAGUUAUCAAGUUGUGAUUAAAUUUAGGUAAGUGAUAAAUCUAGAAGCCUAUUAGUAUACGCACAGUUUAAGCUCCCUCUUUUAAAACACUACUACCUGGGGCGCCUGGGUGGCUCAGUGGGUUUAAAGCCUCUGCUUUCAGCUCAGGUCAUGAACCCAGGGUCCUGAGAUCAAGUCCCGCAUUGGUCUCUCUGCUCAGCAGGGAACCUGCUUCCCUUUCUCUCUCUCUGCCUGCUUGUGACCUGUCUCUCUGUCAAAUAAAUAAAUAAAAUCUUUUUUAAAAAAAUAAAAUAAAUAAUAAAAUGCUGCU